AGUGCCAACCAAACAUGACGAAAACGAUCGACCCAUUGCAGGUGGCUUGUGAUGGAAAUCUGAAGCAAGGGUGCAGGUUAGUCAUGCGCUAUAGUAUUUCUACGUGUAUUUGCCACCUGAUAGGUUUUAGAUAUCUUUCAUUAGUGCACUGGAAUGGUGAAAAGCACCGAGAGGCAGAUUCCAAGAAGGCUGAGAUGGCGUGCGACUUAGAAGACGGUGAAGCUUGUUGGCUACUCAGUACCUGGUACAUGGGCAACAAGGAGAAAUUCCGCUCAGCUUCAGUGAAUGAAACAAAGGAACAUGAUCGUGCUUCACUCGGAUCGCUCGAACGAGAUAUGUACAAAGCAUUGGAGUAUGGUAUCAAGGCGUGCGAAAUGGAUGUUUUCCAGAGUUGUGUCAACGUUGCGCGGUUCGUUCAUUUUUAG